AUGUAUGGAUUACGCAACGGGAUUCUUAUCGGAGGGUUUCUCAAUGCAUUAGGAGCACUGCUCAGAUUUACCGGAUCAUUGCAUCCAUCCGGGUUUUGGAUAUUGUUUAUGGGACAAACUAUUGACGCUGCUGCACAGUUGUUUAUCCUAGGUGUACCGCCCAAGUUGGCGAGUGUGUGGUUUUCUGGCGGACAACAGAACCUGGCAAUUUCUGUUGGAAUUAUGGCAAAUAAUGCUGGCGUUGCUGCUGGGUUCCUGUUGUCGCCCUGGAUGAUAAAAGAGAAAACUGCAGCUACUGACAUCCCCAAAUACUUGUUUGUGCAGUUUGUGGCUUGUGUAAUAAUUUUUGUGUUUUUAUUAAUAAGUUUUAAAUCUUCACCUAAAUUGUCUGCGGGGUCGGAUCAACACGGGUUACCUUCAUCCACUACUGUGGAUUCGUGGUUGAUUCUAAAAUCGCAUUUAUUGGACAAGCCAUUUGUACAGAUGUCAAUAACAUUCGGUAUAGUUAUCGGUGCACAAUAUGCUGUUAGUACGCUAUUGGCUCAGAUUAUCGUGCCAGUGUUCUUAUUGAAUGAUCAGACCAAGGUUGGCUUGUUGGGUUUCCUUGUGGUAGUAUUUGGUGUGCUUGCGUCGUUAGUGGCGGGCGUGGUUUUAGAUCUCACGUAUGCCUAUAAGAUGUCAUGUCGGGUUUUGUAUAUAAGUGCUGUAUUAUCAUUUGCUGCAUUCAACCUUGCUUUGGAAUUUGAAGUACUGAGCGUUGUAUUUAUAUCAAGGUGA